AAUAACUUCGACAAUUUUUAUCUGAUCACAACCAAAUUUUCAGGAAUCAUAACUACUAUAGUUGUUAUUCAUUACGUAUAAACGAUUUACGGAUUAUCGUUAUUCACAAUAAUUAUCGAUAGCUAUCGCUUUGGCGAUAGUUGCGGUCAUGACAAAGUAAUCGAGACCACAAUAAGAACAAAGGCCUGGCAAAAACAACUGCUGAUAAGAAAUAAAUAACAAUUAUUUAUUAUAGCACUCAAGUGUGGCUGCUAUAGAUAUCGUGGUUGGGCUAAUCGCGAGCAAAGACCAUUGCAACCAGUUGCUGACCAACAUUUACAGUGAGCGUAACGUGGGAUAAACAAAAAUGACCCGCUAUUAUGAAGAGCUAUGGAGCAUGCCGAUGACUCUGUUCAAAGACAACCGAGACAAAGUCACCAAGGCUGUGCUCAGCAAUCUGCAAGAGAGCCUCAAGUUUGAAGCUGGCUCACUGCAAUUACUGCUGGAGGGUGGCAAGGACAAGGGUUUGUACAACACUGACGUGGAGGAUGUGUUUCGCCAGGAGUCGUACUUCCAAUACCUGUUUGGCGUUAAGGAGCCAGGUUGCUGGGGUAUUCUGAACAUUGAUGUGAAGUCCAGCACUUCAAGAUCUGUGCUCUUUGUUCCUCGUUCGACUUGGAGAGGAAAACUGCUCACAGCAGAAGUACGAGCAAAGUACGAGGUUGAUGAAGUGUAUUAGGAUGAACUCGAAGCGUUUCUGGAGAGAACCGCACCCAAGUUAAUAUUGACGCUCAGUGCCACAAACAGCGAUAGCGGCCUGACCAUGCGACCGCCAGAGUUUGCGGGCAAGGAGAAGUAUGUGGUCAACUGUGACGCUCUCUAUCCAAUCAUAUUAGAGUGUCGCGUUAUCAAGUCCGCGGAGGAAAUUGAAGUGCUGCGCUAUGUGGCCAAAGGAGCAUCUGAUGCUCACAUUAAGGCCAUGCAGUUCAUUCGCCCCGGUCGCUCGAAGAUAGAAGGUGAAUCGGUCUGCAUGUACCAUGCCCGCAAAGUGGGCGCUUGUGUCCACGCCUCCUACACCUGCAUCUGUGAUAGCGGUACUAAUUCGGAAAUCCUGCAUUAUGGAGACGCCAGAACCCCGAACGAUCGCCCCUUUCAGGAUGGGGAAUUGUGCCUGUUCGAUAUGGGUGCCAAUUGUUGUGGCUAUGCUGCCAAUAUCACUUCCACUUUUCCGGCCAAUGGCAAGUUCACGGAGGAUCAGAAAUUCAUCUAUAAUGCUGUGUUGGAUGCACGCAAUGCUGUGAUGAAUACCGCUCGCGAUGGUGUCUCCUGGGUGGACAUGCAUCGGCUGGCGGGUCGUGUCCUGCUCGAGCGUCUGAAGGCGGGUGGCAUGUUGAAUGGCGAUGUGGAUGAAAUGCUCGAGGCGGGCCUCGCUGGCGUCUUUCAGCCGCAUGGUUUGGGCCAUUUGCUGGGUCUCAGCGAGGAGUGGUUGAGCAAGUUGCGCUUCGCACGCAUUCUGAGGGCGGGCAUGUAUGUGACCAUUGAGCCGGGCUGCUAUUUCAUUGGCAGGCUGAUGAACAAUGCGCUGGCUAAUCCGGAGCUACGUAAAUUCCUGAAUGUGGAGGUGUUUGAGCGAUUCCGUAACUUUGGUGGCGUGCGCAUUGAAAAUGAUGUGCUGAUUACGAAGACGGGCACCGAGAACUUUGCCAUUGUGCCGCGCACAGUGGAGGAAAUCGAACGAAUAUACAAUAAUAAUACAGGUUGGCUGAUUGACCCCCCCCGGGACGGUAAACGGAGAGACAUAUCCUUAAUAGAUAUUUGCAAUAUUCAGUAAAAUUGAUAUUUGUGCAUCAUA